AUGACUCAACUUUAAUGUGGGUGUUUAUUAAGUGAAGUUUGUGGGAGUGUCUGCAGCUCAGUUUCUGUUUCAUUUCCUAUGCAGCACAGGUAUGAAUGCAACAGCUUAAACAAAAGCUGCUCAGAGAAUUCAGCUGUUUUUUUAUUUAUUUGGAAAUACUGAAUGGAGAGAAAAAGAACUCGCUCAGGACUCUUUUCAGAGGAAGAAGAUAGGGACAGGCGAUCUAGCCAAAGGUUUACAAAGAGAGUCACAUAUGCUGAAUAUGAUGAUGUAUAUGUGGAGGAGGCAGAAGAGGAGGAUAAUGAGCAGCCAGGCCCAUCCACCCAGAACACCCCCACCCACAUAACACAAGAAGAAAGACUCUUGCCUGUAAUCUGUGGAACUAAAGAGGGCAUCAUGGAUGUCAAAAAGCUGAGCAGAGGUGAAGAGUGUAUUGAGUGUAAGGGUCGUUGGUUUGCUCCGCCUGCCUUUGAGGACUUUGGGGGGAAAGGCCCAAGUAAAAAAUGGAAAACAAGUAUUUUCCUUGAAAAUAAGCCUCUGCAGUUUUGGUUUGAGCAAGGUUCCUUAACCACUAAGGGAUAUAAAAGGAGAGGAAAUGAGACUGCAAAGCGUAGGAAAAUCCUGUCAUCAGAUCUUGAAUCAGAGAGCUCUUCUGAAGAGUCAGAAAUAAGCCUACCAUAUCCUGAAGAAUCUGAGGAAGAUGAUGUUAAAGAUGAAGACUUCGAUCCAAGCAGUGAGGAAUUGAUACAUGAUACACAGGAGGAGGAGGAGAAAGAAAGGGUAGGGGAUGAAAAUGGAGGAGAGGUUGUAGAAGAGGAAGAUAAAAUGGAAAAGGGAAAAACUGAAGAUGAGGAUAUUCCUGCUGAUGCUGAUAACAACAGUCACAACAAUGUUUUUGAAGAGAGUGAAUCAAAAUUGAUCAUUUCAGCUGCGAAAAAAAGUGCAUUGCAAACGAAACUGCAAGUUCUCAUCAAGAGGCUGCCAGAGAUGUCAGACCCACCUGUCAUUGGAGGUAUUAAGGAAGAAAAUGGAGAGGAGCUCAGUGAGUGUGUCAUACUAAGUGAUGAGAGUGAAGAAGAUGAACAGAGAGAAAUCAAAACUGAAACUUCUUCACCCUCAGCUCCCCCAUCAUUAGAUAUCAAAGCUGCUGACACAGAUAACUUGCAGGGACCAGAAGUCGGAGAGUUGGACACAGGGCAUUGUGGAGAGAAGGAAGAAGAAUGGAGGAGAGGAGCAGUGGGGCUCGAAAUGCAGAGACCGCUGUUUGAAUGUUUUGAGGACUGUGACAGUGCAAAUAAUGAACAUGUUUACAUGCCAAAAUCUGAAGACAGCGGUCAAGCCAUUGCAAAUGAAAAUAUCAGCGAUGCAAACACAUCACUCAUAGGAGGUUUGAAAGAAGAACAUGUGGAGGCGAUGAGUGUUGAUCCAUCCAUUAUACCUGCGAGUGUGCUGGUUAAGUGUACAAGUGAGAACUCAGGACAUACAGAUGUUGCCACCUCUGGCCAUAAUGCAGCACAAUUAGAAGAGAUGGAGCAAGUGGAAAGGUGUUGCCAAACAGUCCAAUUCUCACAUGUGUUGGAGGGUCAAUGCUCUGGGCCCUCCGCUGACUAUAAUCUGGAUGCGAUGGACCUUGAUCAGCUAAAGAAAGAGAAAAUAAAAAUGCAGUUGAAAGUCUUGAAGUUACAAGAGGAAUACUAUGCCCUGCAAAUAAGGAGAUUGAAACAAUGACAUCAUUGCACUGUAACAUAUUUUAACAGUAGGCAAUUAUUAUUAUUGUCAACUGUACUAUCGACAUUCCCUUCUGUGUCUAGCUCUACCACAGUGGCAGAGCAAUCUACUUACU